AUGAAGACACUGUUAUUCCUUCUCACUCUCUCCGCCAUCCUCCUUGUUGCCUGCACCAAGGCCAGGCCCUACACAACUCCCAUUGCCACGCAGUUGAGGGAUGAGCGUGGGGAGGAGAGCAGUGGCAAGGACGCCGUCAGCCAAGCGGACGGCCACGAUGAACAGGACGAUAAUGAAGACUACGACGUCUUCAUAUACGAUUCUUAUAACGAUACCGUGAAGGCCGAUGCACAAGAGGUGGAGGAGACCGAGGCUGCUGAAGAAUAUGACGAAGCGUACUACGACGACGAGUGGUAUGCGAAGUAUGCGCCAGUGUAUGUUGACUUUGAGGAAAAGAAAGAGGGUGACAAGGACAAAGAAGAUGAGAGGGAAGGACUGACCUUCGACGACGCGCGGUAUACGCAGCAUACGCCAGCAUAUAAAGAGGAGGAGGAAAAGGAGGAGACCGAGGCUGCUGAAGAAUAUGACGAAGCGUACUACGACGACGAGUGGUAUGCGAAGUAUGCGCCAGUGUAUGUGCAGUCUGAUGAAAAUGAGGAAUAA